CAGGCCCACGAGAAGCUGAUAUUUAGCUUUACUUCUCGUCUGGGAGUCAGCGCCUGGGACCUUCACGCCAAAGCUACAGGAAACCCCUCGGCCUCUUCCAUCGACCAACUCGACCAACGCCAGGCUAAAUGUCCUCGCAUACCUCCUUUUGCAGCACCGUGUUUGUUUUUUAAGGUGCGAUGGCUCGCAUCUUCGUGUACGGCACGCUUAAGCAGGGCCAGCCCAACUACCAGCACAUGCUCAACACUGCCAAGGGCAUCGCAAAAUUCCAAGGACGGGGACGCACCGUGGAGAAAUACCCGCUGGUGAUCGCCGGAAAAUAUAACAUUCCUUAUAUGCUGAACAUCCCGGGCACGGGACACCACGUUGCUGGAGAGAUUUAUUCCGUCGACGACCAGAUGCUGCAAUUCCUCGAUGAAUUUGAAGGCUGCCCGAACAUGUAUCAGCGUACCCCGAUGAGCAUCGAAGUGGUGGAGUGGGAAGGGAAAAGCAGCGUACCUGGCGAGAGGCCAGCCGCGCACAGCAUCAUGGAGUGCUUCGUGUACAGCACGACCACCUACCAGCCCGAGUGGGUAAAUCUCCCGUACUAUGACAAUUACGAUUCCUCGGGGAAACACGGCCUUUCUUACGUGCUACGGGAAAGUCGAGAUUAGACACGGAAGAUCACACAGCAGUGGCAAGACGGAGCACUGCGCACAUGUCGAUCGGAAGCCUUUCCAGGAAAUCUGUAAUGCCUUUUGGUUAAAACACACAUUCUUUUGUAACCUUCCAAGCACAAAAAUAUUGAUUUUUUUUUUUAAUGUUAAAGUGUUAUAGGCAUAGCAACUGGAACUCACCCCAAACUGGUAAAAAUCCUGCUAGCCCACUAACCUGAUGUGAAUAACUGGUUUUGCUUGAUGAGUAGAAUAACUGGAUCUGUGCGCAUCAGUCUUGGGGGUUAGGUUUUUUUUUUCUCCACCCCCCCCUUUGCCUCAGUAAAUGGCUGAGGUAAAUGAGAGGCAGUUGAACUGACUGCCUUUUGACCUGAAUUGGUAAAUUUUCGUGCGUGGUCUCUAAGGUGGGUGGAACAAUAAUACUAUUGCACUAAUAGCUAAAACUGAUUAAAAAUCACGUCUGAAAACAAAGUAAAGCAGACCUCACACUUAAUAUUGACUUGUUAUAGUGUUUAUUAGGUUACUGAAUGUAAACAGGGGCAAGCAAACAUCUCUUGAGCAGAAAUGACUGCAUAGAUAUUAUGUGCUUCACGAAAAAUCUGCAAUUACUGUAGAAAUAGUGGAGACAAAAGACUGUUCUUACUCUAUGUUGUAAUGUUAUUCUGACAAGGAGAUGACUAUUUUUAAAACAUUUUUAGUUUUAUAAGGUACUUUGAAGAAAUAUUCAUAAUAUAAGAGAAUUACAUUUAAAAUCAUAUUUUUUUAAUUUAGCAUCAUAGCACUUUAGCUACCUUUACAGUUCACUGAGUAACUGUGGGACUUGGGGAGCAAAAAAAAAAAAAAAAAAAAAGAGAGAGAGAAAAAAAAUGAAAAAGAAAAAAAAAAGAAAAAACAGACCUGAUUUUAGCUGCCUGCUGCAUGACAGCAGAUGCAGCUGUUGUGAGUGCUUAUUAUCAAGGUGACUUUUAGCCAAGCACUUUAGUGCAGAACUUGCAACCAUAUGCAAACUAAAUUUCCUAUUGAGGGGAAGAUUUUUAUAGACUUUAUUAAAAUUAUCCAGAGGACCUGUUUUAAGAUUAUUACAAUAUUUACAGUAAAAAAAAACUACAGAGAGAAGACUCUUGCCUUGGACCCCCCCACUACCCCUGCUUGUCUCUGCACUAGCUGGGAAAAUCAUGUUUUUUCUUCUGCUACCCUACUAUGCCUUAUAUUUUCUUCAACUGUAACGUUUGGUACGUAUGUAUCAUACAAUAUACAAAGCUGCCCAAAGGGCAAGGGUGUGGAAUGUAUUCCAUGGAGUGAGCUAAAGUACACUUAAAGGUACUAAGGAUACAGUUAAGAUAAUGUUGUACUUCUGCUUCCUCGGCGGUAGCUCUGUGAUGCCUGUGGCAGAUCAGCGCAGUGAUCAAGGGUAGAGUGUCAACCUAAACUUACUAGUAAUAGACACUACCGCAUCUCACUUAGGGGGGGAAAAAAGGCAGAAGGCUAAUUUUUGUGUAGUAGGCCAACUGAACAAUUUAAAAAUAGAAUACUUCUCUCAUAUUUUCGUAGUAUUUUUCUUUUAAGUUUAGGACAACCUGCAGAAUCUGAAAGGUGUUCCUUUUAAAAGUGGCAAGGGAAAUUCAUGGUAAUGUCUGCAGGGUCUCUGCCUCACUUUCUCUAACUGCAAAAGCAUUAACUUUCCUGGCAGUCAGGUACUACCAAAACACUCUACUUGCUCAUUUUGAUGGAUUUUGUAAGCUAGUUAAUAAAGUAGAUGCCCGUGCUGCAUUACCUCCCCCUUGAGCUUGUGAUUUAAUCAUCAACAUCUCUAAUAACGUGGAAAAUGCCUCUUCAAUCAACUGUUUCAAGCACAAUGAACCUCUGUGUUUGAAAAAUGAGUGACCAGCCCUGCCAUGGCUUUCCCUUCCCCCAACCCUUCACUUUCUGGUGAAGGGUCCCGGUGUCGCUGGCUGGAGAGAUUCUUUUUUUUUUUCCCAGGUAUUAGCAUGAACCCGCAGCUCCCAGGUGAGAAAAUGAUAGCAAACUGCCUCCUCUCUGAGCUAGCACUAAAAGCAAAGCAGGAGGGCUCACUUGCCUAUAUAAUCAGGCAACCACGUUUAGAGUAGCAUGCCACAACAUCCCAUGGCAGUAAGUUCCUCAGAGGAAAGAAAGAAAAAAAAACAUUCAUCUGUUCUGACCAUGUCUCCGGGUAAUAAGAACGCAGAGGAUCCAGGGACAGGAGUGUAUCUGAAGUACCAGCCAUGCCUGAGAACCUCUGCAAGGCUCCUAAAGCCGGAGAGCCAAGCCUAGCUAGAAAGACUUGCACAUGAAAUAUGGUUACUUCCCAGGCAGUAUCUACCAAUUUUCUAACCAUUAGGUAGAAGGGAAUAUUAAGAUUCUGGCUAAAGAAAUUGGACAUUGGCAUAUGGCAAAUGAUGACUGUCUGUGGGAUGAUUCUGGGCAGAUUUAGAUUUGUUUUCCAUAAUGACUGUUCAAAGGGC